CGUCAAAUCAAAAUAAAUUUCAAACGAUUUAUUUACAGAAUAUUUUUUCUUACAAAGUAGAGUUCUCGUGGUCAUUUACAUGCGUUUUGAAUUAAAUAUUUGUUUCUAUACACAUAUAGAGCAUAUGUCAGUGGCUGGCUAUUAACAUUUUACCGAUUUAUCAUAGUCGUACCAAGAAGUAAGACAAAAGAGAUAUGUUGAUGCUCUAGUCAGUUUUAAAACCAAAAGUUUUAUUGCCAAGAUGCAUGUUCGCGUUAGGUUUUUCGGCAAACCAGAUACUAUUGUUGUUGUUGAAUCUAAGUUGACAAAAAUCGACCAGUUUCGCCGUAUUAUAAAAGAAAAAUUUGAUGUGGAACCAAAACUACAAAGGUUGUUCUACGGGGGGAAAUUGCUAGAAAAUGGUUACACUUUCCAUGACUACAACAUCAAGCUCAAUGAUGUUAUACAACUCAUGGUUAAAGUACAACCGCAAGAAAGCUUAGAGAAACCUGUGGUUGAAAAAGCUAAAGAGGAAAAUGAUGAAGAUCCCACCAAAGCAGAAGAUACAAUUGUUUAUGCAGAUGCUGAGAGUUCUCUAUAUGCUGUGGGUGACUUAGUAGAUAUGAGAGAUAUGGAACAGGGAGCGUGGUUUGAAGGGAAAAUUGUUAGGAUCGUGAGAGAUCCCAAAGCCCCAUCUACUGAGAUGGGAGAGGAGAAUACUGACACUAAGGAACCAGAAGAUAAACAAGAGGAUUCAGAAAAUAAUCCUCCAGAAACUGAUGAAAACAGUCCAAAAUCCAAAAAGAAGGGUAUAGCUAAAUAUUUUUCUAAAUCACCCAAAACCAAGAAGAAAUCAAAUGAGAAUACUAAUAAAAGUAGCAAUAAAAUUGAGGAUUCUUGUUUACUUUUCAAAGUAGAUUUAGAUGCAGAGGACAAUGGUACUGGAUACUACUGCAAAUUAAAAGAUAUCAGACCUCGAGCAAGGACCAUUAUAGACAUAAAGGACCUGAAAGUUGGACAAAAAGUAAUGCUUAAUCACAAUACAGAAGAUAUUUCCGAAAAAGGAUAUUGGUAUGAUUUCAAGAUUGAUGAAAUUAAGAAACAAAGAACAAAUUAUGAAUUAGUAGGAACUAUUUACCUUGGACCUGAUGCUGUGCCACAGAAUGACACAAAAGUGAAGGUUAAUGACAAGAUAUUUGCUAUCGAAGAAGUAGUACCAAUGGCGGAAAGGACAAAAGAGUAUCAAAAGUUAAUGAUUUCACCUCCUGACAAAAGAGCUUUGCCACUGGAUUGUUUGACGUGUCGAGACGACGAAGACGCACCUUGUCGCGAUUGCGGAUGCUAUGAAUGUUCUGGAAAGGAAAACCCUGAAAAAAUAGUAUUAUGUGACGAAUGCAAUCACGGCUAUCAUAUGGGCUGCCUCAAACCAGCGCUUAAGGAACUGCCUGAGGAUGACUGGUACUGUCCCUCGUGCAAGCGGGACACCAAGGAGGUGAUUGCUCCAGGGGCAGCCAAGCAAACCAAGAAGAGUAACGCUUCUAAAAAAGACUGGGGCCGAGGAAUGGCAUGUGUUGGUAAAACAAAAACGUGUGCUAUGCCGCCCAACCACUUUGGCCCGAUACCCGGCAUCGAAGUGGGUAUGUGCUGGAGAUUCCGAAUACAGCUGUCGGAGACAGGUGUUCAUCGACCUCCAGUGUCGGGAAUCCACGGCCGUGAUGUGGAGGGAGCCUACAGCAUAGUUCUUUCAGGCGGCUACGAAGACGACGUAGACAACGGCAAUGAGUUCACUUACACGGGCAGCGGCGGACGAGACCUCUCCGGGAACAAGCGCACUGCCGAGCAGUCGUGCGACCAGACUCUCACCAGGGAGAACAAGGCAUUGGCACGAAAUUGCGCGGUGAAACAGAUCACCGAAGAGGGGGGAGACGCGGGUGAAAACUGGCGAAACGGCAAACCAGUGCGAGUUGUACGCUCCUAUAAAAUGCUUAAGCAUUUCCCCAAGUACGCGCCUAAAGAAGGAAUCAGAUACGACGGAAUCUACAAAGUAGUGAAAUAUUAUCCCGAGAAAGGUCUAUCAGGUUAUAGAGUUUGGAAGUACUUGCUACGACGCGACGACCCCAAUCCGGCGCCGUGGGAGCCGGGGGCGAAGGAAUUCUCUAUUAUUUAUCCUGACGGUUACCUAGAAGCGGAGGCAGAAAAGAAGGCGCUAAAGGAGAAAUCCAACAAGAAUACAAAAGUGAGCAAGAAGCGGGCCUUGAGGGAAAGCAACCGUUCAGAAUCUGAGGACGAAGUGUCACCGCCCUCUAAAAAACAGAAAACUGAUGUAAAGAAAAAAGGGAAACCGUCUAAAAACAAAAGCAUAACAGAGAGCCCUUCAGCAAAGAUUCCUAGCAUGUUCACGAAGAGUCCAAAACCCAAAGAGAAGAAACCUAAGGAAGGUGACUCGUUGAGUGCAGAGGAAAAAGAGGCUAUAAAGGCGGACUCGCUAAAUAAUAAGCUUUGGACCGAGUGCCUUCAAGUGUUGGAGACGGGUGGCAAACGGGAAUUCGUGGAGCAUAUAACGCAAGUUUUCCUGUGCAUCAUCUGCCAAGAAGUAACUGCCACUCCGGUCACCACGCCGUGCUUACAUAAUUUCUGCUUAGCGUGUAUAAAGCUGGCGUUCAAAUCGACCGGGUCUCGGAACUGCCCGUGUUGUCGGAGCAAACUCGACCAGUACGACCCCGAGCCCAACACAGAGCUCAGAACGGCGCUCCAGACCGUCAUGCCGGGCUACGACGCUGGCCGGUAACUAUGACACCAACAUUAGAUAUGAACAAAAUUUUAGAAUUUCACAAUGGCUUGGCCAUAUAAUUCCGAACAAUAUAUGAUUAUAAAUAUGGUUGUCUUCACCAUCAGUCACCAUAGCAUUUUCCAUCUCGUUUAACAGCUUUACAACGGCGUCACAUCAUUCCUAUAGCUCCACUCCCUAUUGAAUAUUAAUGAGUAUUACAUAUAAAUAAACUGCUGUGCGGAUUUAAAAGCAAAUUUUCCUAUUUCAAUAUUUAACAAAAAAAUAAAUAAAAGCAAUAUCGGUCACGUCGAUUGUAUUGGUAUAAUCAUGAAAUUGUCCAUAUUUAUUUGUUGUUAAUUUACAAGUCUUGUUGUCAGAACAAAUGAGCCUUUUUAAUUGCACUAUAUAAGUCCCUUCAUAAUAUCAAUAGUUCAAUAUCCGCAUAGAUUAAUGUAAACUUUAAGCAUUAUGAAAUAUUCCUGUAGCUCACCAAUUAAUGGAUUAUAACAGAAUGUACUUGCCAAAUAACCUUUUGAUAAUGAUGUUAAUACCUGAUUAAUGUAAUGAUAAUGUUAACACAAAUUUUUAAUUUAUAUUAUUUUUUUACUAUUGACUUAUAAUAAAACAGUCAAAUUGUUCUGAUAUAGUUUAAUUGUGAUUUUAACGUUUUGUAUAUUAUUAUUCGUUUUAAACAUUCCGAUGGCCACUUUCAAACUAACAAUAUGUUGUAUAGUACAAAUAAGAUUUUAAGUAUUUUGUUUUUAAAUCAUGAUAGGGAUUAUCAUUAGGAGAUAUGGCAGAUAUGAUGGCUGUAUUUAUGCCCGUGUUAUAUUUUACUAAGCUUGAACAUAUUUUAUCUUUAUCUGAAUUACGCGGGAUAUUAUAAGUUGCAGGUCCCUAUAAGAUUUUUUUAUAUAGUAAUAUCAUAUAAUUAAGGUGUCGAAUUUUUACUAUUAUUGCUAUCAGUUUUGGUUGGUAGUAUGUAUUUAAUUAUAAGUUAAUCGGGUAUUAUUUUAGCUUACUAUGUGUCAAACUUUGAAGUUUGCUUUUAAGUAAGUAUUUUAUUAUGAUAGAUAAAUUAAUAUCAUUAGUUUGGGAGGUAGUUAUGUGUGAGUCUACUCAAUGUCCUUUAUUCAUCGGGAGGUAACUAUGAACUGAACUGCGACUGUAGAUACAGAUAAAUGGCCUUCUUUAUUAAAGUUACCACGUUACCCAACGCUAGUUACAAGAUACUCAUAAAUAUAACCAAAGAAUUCAAAAUUAACACCCUUGAUUCUUUUAAUUUAUUUCAAUUUCGGUUGUUUCUUUGUGACUUAAAGAACCGGUUAAAUUCACUUCUCACGUAUGACUUUAUUUACAUAAAAAUACUAUCUCUGUUUUCAACUUAAAACAAUUAUGACGUCAUAGUUUUACCGACCCAUAGCUAUUUAAAUCAAUAAUAAAAUAGUUCGUUUAGGGCUACAGUUAUCCAUUGAACUAAAUAAAAAUACAAUACGAAUAACGAACUUAGUGAAUCGACUUGUUAAAAUAAGCUUAUAGUUAUACAUUCAUUCAUUGCAUUCUUGUAACCUCUAUCCUUAUUUUGAUAAAAUUUAACUGUUAUAUGGCAUUUAUUUAUUUUUUUCAAUUUCAUUCAAGUUUAAUUUUAUUAUAUCUGUUCAUUCUUCUUAUACUGAGGUGAAUAGAGGCUGGUACUCAUUGCUUUUUAACCAUUGCCCUGUUUCUAUACUUUGAGAUCGGAUAUUUUGACGUAUUUUUUAGUAUUGGCCUACAAUUAAAAUCACUUUUAUGUCGAAAAACAAAUCAAACUCUUAUUGAAAGACUUUUUUCAUAAUAAUCAUUUCGGUAUCACAGACACUUUUUAUGAAGCAAAUAGUUUACUAAUCUGAUUAAUUGUAAAUUUUAUUUUGUUUGAAUUCUGGCGUUAAGAACCUGCGAAAUUUUGAGGCUAAAAUUUUCAUCGGGCGUCCAAUGUAUUCGAUCUCUGAUUGUAACGACGCGUUAUUUUUUGUGCUAAAAUAAUGUUUGCUCAGAACAUUUUAAUGUUUUCAAGUUGAACGUACCUCAAGUUAUUAUUUAAUUUAAGACUUCCCGAUAAUUAUGUUGAUUUUAUAAUAAACUUGUUUUAAAUUA